CGUUGAGCGAGAUGAUAGCGAGAAACAAUGGCAAGCUGAUAUACCACACCAACGACCGCGAGGAGCCAAGGACGAGGGCGCUCUGCCUCCACCCCUCGCCAGCCGCUGUCAUCCGUCGGAGGCAACACGGCGCGCGCUGCUCCAUCUACGCGCCGCUCCGCAUCGACCUCGGCGCGCCCCCGGUCUCGUUCUUACUCGACGAAGAACGGAAAGGGUAGGGCGUCCGUCACCUCCGCGUU